AUGGAGUUAGUGGAUGUUCCUACUAUAGGAGGCAAGUUCACUUGGUUUAGUAGCAAUGGUAGAGCAAUGAGUAGAAUUGAUAUAUUCUUGUUAUCGGAUAGUCUCAUUGAGGAUUGGAAGGUUGUGGGGCAAGUUAUAGGUGGUAGAGACAUUUCCGAUCACGCUCCUAUUUGGAUAAAAAAUAAUAAGAAGGAUUGGGGCCCUAAACCGUUCAAAUUCAAUAACAAUUGGUUGAAUCACAAAGAUUUUGGAAAGUUCGUGGAAGAAGAAUGGGCCAAGAUUAAUGUGAAAGGGAGGGGAGAUUUUUGUUUGGUGGAGAAACUAAAAAUUCUAAAAGGAAGGCUUAGUUGGUGGAAUAAAGUGGUGUAUGGUUGCUUGGAUCUCAACAUUGACAAGGCAAGCGAGGAGUUGACUUUUUUAGAUAACGAGUUUGUUCAUUUUGCAGGAAAAGCUCCAGAGGAUAUGGUUAGAAAGAGAACAAAGGCGUUGGAGGAGUUUUGGGUUAAUCUUAACAAGAAAGAAGGUCUUCUUCGGCUUAAAUCAAGACAAAUGUUGCUAUCCGAAGGUGAUCGAAACUCUCGUUUUUUUCAUGAUUCCCUUAGAAAUAGAAAAGGAAAAAGCACGCUUUGUUCUAUUUCUACAAGGAGGGAGUUCUUUAAGGAAAAGGAGGUGUGUAGACCGGUUCCUUUAGAUAUGGGAUUGGUUUGCAUUUCAAGUAUGGAGAGUGUGGAGAUGGAGGGUCCGUUUUUGGAAUCGGAAGUGAAGGAGGCAAUAUGA